AUGAACCAAAUGUCAUUUUGGCAACAGAUGCAUCCUGUUGGUGGUCCCAUAAGCAGUCCCAUAGGAGGUCCCAUGUCAUUGACUCCCUCACAGGGUAUAAAAAGAUACUCCUGCAAGAUUUGCUUGAAAACCUAUUCCACGAAGCAGAUCUUAACCCGACAUAUGUAUAUCCAUACUGGAGAGCUCCCGUAUAGCUGUCAGUUAUGUGGAGAGCGCUUCAAUGCACCAGUUAGUGUCAUAAGACACAAGAAGAAAAUGCACCCAGAAACUUUGAAGGGACCUCCACAAGAGGAUGUUUAAAACCAGAAACCUUAAUUUGUGAUCAAAACACUUGGGGUCAUACCCAAUAAACCCAAAAAGUGAAUUAUACCAGGAAACUAUGUAGUGUUCCUUAGCAUUUGGUAUUGUACCCCAAAUCCUCUAACAGGACCCUCUUAGUAGAGAACUAAAGAAAGAAAAUCAACAUGGCUGUUUGUUCUUUCAGCAAUGGACAUGUCAACAGCAUCACCAUGGCAACUGACG